AUGCCCGCCCCACCGCUCCCCAUACGCUCAUCGUCGGCUCUUUCGGAGUCCUACGUCAGCGAUGCUUUCCACAGAUAUCUAAAAAGCUCAUUAUCGCAAGCUAAGGCCGAGCAUCUUUUGGAUCCUGAUAUUUUGGCUGGUGCAGAGGGCGACUUAAUGAUCACUGGACCCGCUCUAUGUCUUUAUUUCGCAGCUCUCCGAUGCACUACAAACCCUCCCUCUGUCCCACUUCCUCGCAGUUCCAAGUCUGCAACUCCUAUGGAACUCAGCUAUGACAACUGUCCUGAACCAUUCAUUGCUUUUCUACGUGUCUGGAGCAAGACAGUUGCGCCGAUCCAGUCCCUGGCCCCGGAGCUACAGCACGAUCUUGCGCGUAUUAUCUGUGGCCUUCAACCAAUAGUCCUUCCAACCGAACCGUCUCUCAAUGGAAUUGCGGCAGAUUUACGAGCAGUCGCCAUUGAAAUCAGUCAACGGCGGUCAUUUCAGGAGCGGUAUGGAGAGGACCUCCAAGCCGCGUUGGAUUCUGGCGCUGCUCCAGCAACUCCCAGCCCCAAACGUGCUACCUUUGUCCCUCCUCCGGUAUACGAUCCAUCACCCACUUCAUCUGCGAAUUCUUCUCCGCGAUCUUCGUUGGAUGGGCAUGCUUCCCCACAAUAUGCCAAUCGUGACCUCCCACCACAGUCACCCUCGUUUCUUUCCCCGGCUCCUGCUUCUGCGGGCCCCUCUAAUAGCGGCUUCCCAAAAGCUUCCCCAUCUUUACUCACCCCCGACUCCCCAGCCAUCGAGUUCAUCCGUGAAACGCUAUAUGCCUGUAUUGCAGAUGCUCUAGAGCUCCAGCCCUCUCUCCGCGCUCUUUUGAAAACCGAUCCAACACGAGCGUACUUUGCCUCUGUUGCAUUUGCGAUCCUUCAAGUUGCGACAACUUCCGUCACACCUGACAACACUAUUGUCGGUGUACUCGGCCAGACAUUGACCAUCGAGCAAUGUCCCCCUCCUCUUCGGCCGUUUAUGAGCGAGCUAGCCGCCAUCGGCCAAGCGGCGCGAGCGUUGGAGGAUGAGGACAACGAGACCGCAAUGGACUGUGUUCAACACGGCAAACCGAUCCCGACCACUAGAAUGGAUCGGGUAAGGUUGAUGCUUGAGCAGGGCGUGGGGUAUGCUCAGGGUCGAACAGAGAGUGAGGAAGGCAGACGGAGUGUAGAAGGGAGAGCAGUUUCGUUCACCAAUCGUGUCAAUGCGUUGUCGUUGGGAAUGACGAGACUGAAGGCUUUCCGCGAGCGGCAGGAAGACGUUUUCAAGGUUCUGGGAGGUAUUGGCAUGUAA